ACAGCCUGCGUACGUCAUCAUAGCUGCGCAUGCGCAGUACAGCCUGUUGUCUGGCUCUGUCUGGUAACUGCUCAAACGAACCUAGUGACAACACAUCCGCUGCUGGUGAAUCACUGGUGUAAAUGAGUAGUGGGGAGCGUCCGGUCCGAAACCCAGGUAUGGUACUUGUUUGUCAGAAGUCUCAAAGUACCUGCGGCCCCUAGAGAAUAGUCGGAAGCAUCACGAUUGGAAAGCCCACGUAGCCGGCUGAAACUUGUGGGGCAGCAUGGAGAAGGCGAGCAUGAGGCGCAAGCACUGCUGACCACAGCUGAUUAGCAGGUGUUCUGGAGCGAUGGUGGCACCGCGGUGGCUGCUGACGGCUUCUUCCUGUCUGCGGUCUGACGACUCCAGGACCGAUGCCUACUCCGUCCCUGUGGAGGUGACGGUGACUAUCACCGGCAAGAAGUACCGGACUGAGGGAGCGGUGUUCGCCCCAGGCGGCGGUGUAGCAUUGGCGCGCCUACAGGAACCUCCAGAGUCUGCGCUGGUUAUGACGGGCAGACUGGACCUCGCGGACCCUAUUCCAGCGACGCUGUGGACGCGCUGUGUCGUCUUGGGAAUGGGCAGGUGCCCGGACGGGGUCCUCAAGGGGAGUACGCCGGUGAGGUGCCCGGAGCAGAUGUACGCGGCGGGUGCGCUGGCGGUGUCGGGCUCCCGCGGCCAACCUGCGGGCACCCAGCGGACAGAGCCCGGGGUGGUGCGGGCGCCGUGCAGUGGGGAGCCGGGCGCGCCGCUCGCCUGCCACCGAGACUUCUCGGCUAGCAACUGGCCGCCGCCCCCGCCAGCGCUGACAGCCGAACCGCCCGAGAACGAGCCGGCCCAGCUGGUGCUGGUGGGCGUGUCUGCGGGCAAGAACAGGCCGGGCCUCUCCUGCCGCGGCUCCUCCGCCGACUACCGGAGCAUCGGCCCGCUCCAGGAGUGGGUGGAGCGCGCCAUCGCCUACGCCAACAGGCAGCUGGAGCGGAUCAACGGCAGACCGGUGAUGGUGCCACUGGACCCGUACGCGCAGCGGCUGCAGCGCCUGAAGAUGGAAGGCAGCCUGCCGGAGCUGAAUAAUUCCCGAGGUACAAGCACGAGCGAGCGGUUCCUGAUCUCUCUGCUGACUGCCGUCGCCUCCAGGGUACUGCAUAGCUUGUAAGAAAACUGGUACCAACCAGUACAGUGCAUUAUUAAAAUGUGCGUGCUGGUUGGUAGUAACCGGUAUGUGCAUGUUUACUUUCUUGUAAGUUACGUGUGGAUCACCAGUUCUGUGUUGCUACUUGCGUUUGUAAUAAAAUUCAUUACACCAGAUAUGAACAGGACUUACUACGAUUAUGCCAGAGACAAAUAAAGACGU